CCGGCGACGUCACGCGGCCGUUACGGCGCUCCGGCGUCUGGCGCGCGCGAUUUAAAACCAGCUCCAGAAACGCUGAAGGCAGGAUGAAGCCUCCCUGCCCAGCCGCGAUGAAUAACUCUUCUUCAGAGACCUGUGGCCACCCUCACAAUGUGUCCACACCUUCAGAACGGGUGUUGCCGAUGUCCCUGCCCAGGAAGGCCGCUCUCAAUGUCCCUGGCACCCCAGUCCUUGAGGACUUUCCUCAGAAUGAUGAUGAGAAGGAACGCAUACAGCGGCGGCGCUCCAGGGUGUUGGACCUGCAGUUCAGCGCAGACUCGCCUCGUCUGUUGGGCUCCCCGUCUAGUAGGAAUAUUGACAUUUCUGCUACGAUCCCUAAGUUUACGAACACACAGAUUACAGAGCAUUACUCCACCUGUAUCAAACUGUCCACUGAAAAUAAAAUCACUACCAAGAAUGCUUUUGGCUUGCACUUGAUUGAUUUUAUGUCAGAGAUCCUUAAACAGAAAGACACCGAGCCGACCAACUUUAAAGUGGCUGCCGGCACUCUGGAUGCCAGCACCAAGAUCUAUGCUGUGCGUGUGGAUGCUGUCCAUGCCGAUGUGUACAGAGUCCUCGGGGGGCUGGGCAAAGACAUGCCGUCUCCAGAAGACGAGGAAGCCCAUGGUGCAGAUGGAAGUGCUGCUGAAACAGGAACAGCCAAAAAGCCUCCAAAGCCAAAGAAGAAGCAUUCGUGCAAAACCAUUGAGCAGAACGUAAACAACCUCAAUAUCUCUGAAGCAGAUCGAAAAUGCGAGGUUGACCCCAUGUUUCAGAAGACUGCAGCCUCGUUUGAUGAAUGUAGCACAGCAGGGGUGUUUCUCUCUACCCUCCACUGCCACGACUACAGAAGUGAGCUGCUCUUCCCUUCGGACGUCCAGAUUCUCUCCAGUGGAGACCCUCCUGAGAUGCCUGAUUUGGGUUGGGUCGAAAUGACAGAUUUAAAAGCGCCGCUGCAGCAGUGUGUGGAAGAUCGCCAGGUCUGCCCUUCCCUGGCCGGGUUCCAGUUCACUAAGUGGGACAGUGAAACACACAAUGAGUCUGUGUCGGCCCUGGUAGACAAGUUCAAGAAGAAUGAUCAGGUGUUCGACAUCAAUGCUGAGGUGGAGGCGAGUGAUGGCGAAGACUUCCUUGAUGGCCCCCUGGAAGGUGAUUUUGAUGCCAAUGACGAGCCCGACCACACUGCAGCUGAGCAUCAGGAAGAGUUCAGGAGCUGGAAGGAGCCCUGCCAAGUUCACAGCCGCCAGGAAGAAAUGAUCUCCCUCGGGGAUGGCGACAUUAGAAUCAUGUGUCCCCUUCUAUCCAUGAAGCCUGGAGAGUACUCCUAUUUCAGUCCCCGGACUAUGUCGAUGUGGGCUGGCCCGGAUCACUGGCGCUUCAGGCCUCGACACAAACAAGAUACUACCUCCCAGUCAGAGCACAAAAAGAAGAGUGCAAAGAAAGAUUUCGAAAUAGACUUUGAUGAUGACAUUGACUUUGAUGUAUAUUUUCAAAAAACAAAGGCUGCUACUGUUCUGACUAAGUCCACUUUGGAGAGCCAGAAUUGGAGAAGCACCACUCUUCCUACGGAUUUCCACUAUGAAGUUGAUAGUCUCAUCCAGCUUCAUCUCAAACCAGGCCUCAGGUUACUCAAAACGGCCCAGGGCCAGAAGAGGGCAGAGACCGAGCAUUAUGAAGAGAUUGGAGACUAUGAUUAUAACAACCCUAAUGACACCUCCAACUUUUGCCCUGGAUUACAGGCCGCCGACAGUGAUUACGAAGAGUUGGAUAAUGUGGAGCCAGUUGGCUCCUUCGACCUCACACCUUAUCCUUGCCAUUCGCCUAAGACAACACAAGAGAAUGGUGACACACCUGACGUCCAAGGAUUAGACAUCACAACAUAUGGAGAGUCAAAUCUGGUAGCCGAGCCUCAGAAGGUCAAUAAAGUUGAAAUUCACUAUGCCAAGACUGCCAAAAAGAUGGACAUGAAGAAGCUGAAGCAGAGCAUGUGGAGUUUACUGGAGUUUUCCAGAAAGGGAGCGGGCACAGAGGCAGAACAUGUCGAGAACGGAAAAGAAGGAGCCCCAGAGGAGGUAGCUGACAAGAUGCUCAGCGGGCUCACGAAGGACCUGCAGAAGAGCCUGCCCCCCCUCAUGGCUCAGAACCUCUCCAUACCUCUGGCUUUUGCUUGUCUCCUACAUUUAGCCAAUGAAAAGAAUCUAAAGCUGGAAGGAACAGAGGACCUCUCUGAUGUUCUCGUGAGGCAAGGGGACUGAGUUCCGGCGAUGUCGGCACCGCCUUUCAUUGGCCACGCAAUCUCCACCCGGGGCGAAGGAAGAUGCCGCGGGCUUGCAGCAGAGCUGUGGCCAGCUGUCACCGCGUCUGGUCUUUCCUUCUCUCCGUCAGUCUGGGUGCCAUCCCAGCACCUGGAAGCUCUGCCCUGUGCGACCACCUCCGAGGGAGGAGGGCGGAGAGGUGAGGCGGCCCCUCUGGGCCGUGGACUCUGUUCUCUCUUUCUGUCCAUGCAUAGUGUCAGUUUCCUGAAUCGAUCUGCGUUGUUUCCACACUUCACUCGUAGGCACCGACUGUUGGCCCUAGCGAACUGCCUAAUCCAUGUACAUAGCAUACACCGUGCCUUACUUGUAACUGUAAAUACAGUGCUUGGAAAUAAAGCCAUUUGGGUAACGUG